UAUUGCAGAGCUGCACUUACCCUCACUCCUGAGGCGGUAAGACGGAUUCGAUAUCUUCUAGACAAUCAGAAAGAUGCCAAAGCACUUAAGAUAGGUGUUCGAAUGAGAGGCUGUAAUGGUCUUACGUAUACCUUAGAUUAUGCUAAUCAAAAAGCAAAGUUCGAUGAGGAAGUUGUACAGGAUGGAGUUCGGAUAUGGAUUGAUCCGAAAGCGCAGCUAGGUCUUCUCGGCACUGAAAUGGAUUACGUAACCGACAAACUGAGCUCAGAGUUUGUCUUUAGAAAUCCCAAUAUUAAAGGCACAUGCGGUUGCGGUGAAUCAUUCAAUUUAUGA